AUGGGUACUUCGCGCGCCGUUCUCAACGCCGAUGGAGGUGAUGUUCCCACAGACUCUGUUACCCAAAUCGCUCCCGACGGCGAUGUUAUGCUGGUGGUUGGCCCAAGCCAGCACAAGAUUCAGGUCUCUUCGCACUUCCUCAAACUCAUCUCCCCUGUCUUCCGAGCUAUGCUUGAUGCACCGAUGAAAGAAGGGAAAGCCCUCGCAAACAAGUCCGAUCAUGACGGCCCCAUUGAAAUCGUCCUCCCCGAAGACAAGGAACAGCCAAUGGACCAGGUAUUGCGCACACUCUUCAGCUCAGACCCAAGCGCCACGAAGUUCUCGAUCAGUGAAGCCAAGGAGAUCGCCAUUCUUGCAGAUAAAUAUGGAAUGGUCGAGCGUCUCCAAGUAUUUGCAUCUUUCUGGCUUCUCAACGCCACCAAGACAGAUGGUGCAGAUGUGAUUUCUGAGAAUGAGUGGAAUGCCUUGGUUGUCGCAUACAUACUCAAGGUCGACUGGGCUUUUUUUGACGUAACCAGGAACAUGCGCCUGAAGAGCACUAGCUUGCUCAAGUUCAUCAACAACUUUCACGACAAACAUACUGGUCUGCGCCUCGGAAUGGCCGUUGAAGAACUGCGUAACAUACACUUAAAGAUGGAGUCCAAGUAUGGCUAUAGUGCAGUGUCCAGGAUGUAG